AUGGAUCUCCGAGGAAGAGCCGUUCUCAGCGUCGAUAGACUUCGAGCUCUCCUGAUGCUGUUCCAUACAAUGGCUCGAAUCACGGCAGAGCAAGAAGUGGAAAAUCUCUCAGGCCUUUCCACUAACCCUGAAAAAGAUAUAUUUGUGGUGCGGGAAAAUGGGACGACGUGUCUCAUGGCAGAGUUUGCAGCCAAAUUUAUUGUCCCUUAUGAUGUGUGGGCCAGCAAUUAUGUCGAUCUGAUCACGGAACAGGCUGAUAUCUCACUAACCCGGGGAGCUGAGGUGAAGGGCCGCUGUGGCCACGACGAGUCGGAGCUGCAGGUGUUCUGGGUGGAUCGCGCGUACGCGCUCAAAAUGCUGUUUGUAAAGGAAAGUCACAACACGUCCAAGGGACCCGAGGCGACGUGGAGGCUGAGCAAGGUCCAGUUUGUUUACGACUCUUCCGAGAAGACCCAUUUUAAAGACGCAGUCAGUCCCGGGAAGCACACAGCCAACUCGCAUCACCUCUCUGCCUUGGUUACCCCAGCUGGGAAGUCCUAUGAGUGUCAAGCUCAGCAGACCAUUUCACUAGCCUCCAGUGAUCUGCAGAAGACAGUCACCAUGAUCCUGUCCGCAGUCCACAUCCAGCCCUUUGACAUCAUCUCUGAUUUUGUCUUCAGUGAAGAGCAUAAAUGCCCAGUGGACGAGCGAGAGCAGUUGGAGGAAACCUUGCCCCUGAUUUUGGGGCUCAUCUUGGGCCUCGUCAUUGUGGUAACACUGGCGAUUUACCACAUACACCACAAAAUGACUGCCAACCAGGUGCAGAUCCCUAGGGAUCGAUCCCAAUAUAAGCACAUGGGCUAA